GCACCAUUAAUUUGCAUGCUCUAACAACUCUCAGUUACAGAGAAAAACAUUUUUUUCCUUCUAUUCUGCUUUUGAAGAAAAGAAGUUACUUUUCAUAUCAGUAUGAGUGAAGCAGAUUCAGUUUCAGCAUAUGAUAUGAUUGCAAGUUGGCUUAUAAGUCCCUCCUGCAUAUUCCUAUUCUUAAACCUUGUCAUCGGCACCAUUGCUAUUACCUCUCGUUUCGCCGCUCAAAGAAAAAAUCUACCCGACUCGUCGCAACAACUAGUCCCUCCCACGUCGUCGUUUUUUGAACGAGUGACGUCGUUUGGACUAGGUUGCUGUAAAUUCAAACCACCAGCAACAUUGGUGGAAAGUCAGAUCGAGGUUGUUCAAAAUCAAGACAUGAACCAACUCGACCAGACUGUAUUGGACCAGACCAAAUCGAUUGACACGGAUGUUUGUGAAACAGAAAUGAAUGAAGGUAGGGAUAACUUGAUUGGGAAUCCGCUACCAAGAGCUCCGUCGCUCUUGGAACGGCUUAUGUCGGGGAAUUUUGGCCGGUUGAAGUCUGUAAAGGUGGAGGAGGAGAAGAAAGUUGGAUCAGAAAUGGAAGAGGAGGAAGUGGAUGCAAAGGCUGAUGAUUUUAUCAAAAGGUUUAAGCAGCAACUUAGGAUGGAAAGGCUUGAUUCCAUUUUACGUUACAGGGAUAUACUUCAUAGACGAUCAUGAGAAUUAUAUAACAUAAUUAAGAAAUUAGUUGGCCUAGUUUGUUGUUUAUAAAAAUGGUGGUAUAUGGCGUUUUGUUAUGCAGGUUGAUAAAGCUUAUGUGCUAGGUUUUUUUUAGAUGUUGAUUAGUUUUAAUUGGAAAUGAUAAUCAUUCAUAUAUACUAUAUGAUUAAUUGCUUUGGAUUAGUGAAAAAUAAUUUUAGUUGCU